GCACAGAACCCUUACUCCUACAUGUAAAUAUUACUAUCACUACUAUUACUACUACUACAACAACUACUACUACUACUAUUACUACUACUACUACUACAACUAACUGUUGGUGCUGCACGGAAAGUACCUUAGCCGUCGUCGUCGUCGUCGCUGUGACUAUUCGAGUUAAGCGAGCUUGUCAUUAGUAGUUUCUGCAUCUUGCUGUGGUCGCUAUCCUAGUUUAUGUAGUGUAGUUGGUCGUGCUCCGACCAGGCUCGGGACUAAAACUAAAACAAUAUGGAUGAAUGUAACACCCCCUCGCAUGUCGUUCACGAACAUAGACAUAUAAAAAAGUGUAAAAGUGCCACGUUUACCUUGGAUGGCACUUCCUAUACUAUCGCUGCACAAGUGCCAGGCGAAGAACUUGAACAAACAAAAUAUAUUGAAGUGGCAAAUUCACCUGAUAAAACUAAGGAUGACUCCUCUAUUGGAUCUAAAAAUGGUCAAGUGUCACGUACUGGAUCUUUAACAGUUCUUCGCCAAAACAAUUCACGUAAGCUUGUCAGCUCUAGCAGUCGUACAUCAAGUACAGUGAGUAUAGAUAGCGAUUCCUAUGCAAGCGGGGAAUUAGGUUUUGAAAAAAUGCCUGCAGCGGAUGCACCUGAGGCUUCACAUUAUUGCUCAAUGCGAAUGCGGCAGAUAUAUGACCGUGUUUUCAAAGAUGAUAUCCUCAAGGAAGAUUUGUUGAAAAACCUUGCUUAUGCAGCCGAUGUAUUAGAGGCUGUGCAUAUUGAUGAAACAAAAUCAUCGGAAAGCUGUGCAAAUGUGGAUCCUACCUGCUCCUCUCAAGAUAGUGCUUUACUGUCGCUGCAGUCAGCUUCUGUUCCACACCAGUCUGGCUUAUCUACAAAAAAGACUUCAUGGAAGCAUCCUGUGCCUGUCAAUAACAGAAGACUUUGUGAUGAAGAUGAUGAGUUAAGCGAAGUGGAGCCGGAUGCAGUCCCGACUGAAGUGCGUGACUGGCUUGCUUUAACUUUUACACGUUCUAUGAACAACAUUAAAAGAAAAGGUGAAGAAAAGCCCCGUUUCCGAAGUGUUGCCAAUGUAAUACGAGCUGGAAUAAUGGUAGACAGGCUUUUCCAUAGGAUCUACAGGCGAAUGUCAGGGUCUGUUGGUUUACAUAUUCCACAAAAUGUACUUACUGUAUUGAAGAAUCUAGAUGACUGGAGUUUUGAUGUGUUUGCAACCAAUGAAGAUUCACAUGCACUCAAAUACGUUGGUUAUGAACUGCUACAGAAGUAUGAUUUACUCAAUAAAUUCAAAAUCAAUACUUCAGCACUAGAUGCUUUCUUAACCUGCAUGGAAGCAGGAUACACAAAAUACAAAAAUCCAUAUCACAAUUUACUCCAUGCAGCAGAUGUUGCACAUACAGUUCAUUAUAUCUUAUCAAGCAGUAAACUAACUAACUGGCUUACAGACCUUGAAAUCUUUGCCACAAUAAUAGCUGCCUUGGUUCAUGAUUAUGAACACACUGGAACAACAAACAAUUUUCACAUAAAUACAGGGUCUGAAGUUGCUUUAUUGUACAAUGACAAAGCUGUGCUUGAAAAUCACCAUGUUAGCGCUGCAUUUAAGUUGCUAAAGUUAGAUGAAUACAACAUACUUACUGGGCUCAGUAAAGAAGAAUACAGAGAAUUCCGGAGUCUGCUGAUUGACAUGGUCUUAGCCACUGACAUGUCUUUUCAUUUCCAGCAAAUAAAAAACAUGAAAAGUAUGCUGACUUUGACAGAAGGCAUUGAAAAAUCUAAAGCUCUAUCGCUUGUGUUGCACUGUGCUGACAUCAGCCAUCCAGCCAAAGAAUGGUUUAUGCAUAAGAAAUGGACAGAUUUGCUUCUUGAAGAAUUCUUUAGGCAGGGUGACAGAGAAAAAGAACUAGGUCUGCCGUUUUCCCCACUCUGUGAUCGAAAAACUACACUAGUUGCAGAAUCCCAAAUUGGAUUUAUAGAGUUCAUUGUUGACCCAAGUUUUACAGUUAUGGGUGAUGUCUUACAAAAGAUAAUAUAUCAAGUGAAUCAGUCUAUAUAUGCAUGUACUCCAGCAAAAGUAGAUGAAGUUAUUUCAGAGGAAGUAUUUGAAAGAGCAGAUUCUGGGAGCCCACGUUUAGAAAAUAUUAGCAAUAACAGCCGUCCGAGUGCUAAACAAUCAAGUGGUCAUGAAGUGAAAAGGCCAUGGAAACCAAUAUUAGAAGUAAAUAAAGCAAAGUGGAUAGAAAUAGCAGCCCAAGAUGCAGCGGAAAGAGCACUCAAGAGCUCAUUAAGAGCAAGUUCUGAGCAACUUGAUGCUGACAGGCCUGAAAGCGCUUCCGAGAAGACUAAGACGCCUCCUGACAGUGAGAAUGUUUCACAAAAAGAUGGUGAUUCACAAAGUAAUGACAAAGCUGCACCAACAGUUUCUCAAAAAGAAGAGCUAUGCUGAACUUGCUUACAAUGCUCUGAUUACAAUUUAUGUACAGGCACACAUAUACACACACACACACACACAAAUAUACCCACAUAAUUAUCCUUAACAUUUUAACAUCCACUUUUCCAUGCUUUCUUGGGUUGAAUGGGAAUUGUUGAGGUAGGUUUUCUUUGGGUAGAUACCAUUCCUGUUGCCAACCUCCAUGCUAGGUAAAAUUUUCCCAUGGCCAGACAUGUUUUCAUGACAGAUUGAAACAAACAACAACGCAUUUAUAACAGUGAUGCUCCUUUACAACUAUCAUACAAUGACAUAUAUAAAUGUACACACACGCACACACUGAUAUGUGUGUGUGUGUGUAUAUAUAUAUGUAUAUAUAUAUAUAUAUAUAUAUAUAUAUAUAUAUACAUACAUACAUACACACACACAUUAUAUAUACACACAUACAUACACACAAACAACAGAAUAACAGUAUAUUAAAUGCCAUGCAAGGUAAAUUCACCAUUUACUGAAAUCAUUUCCACUUCCAGAGAAAGUAGAACAACCCAUUGAUGGUAACUGGGACAAACUGCACAUGAAAGGCGGAGAUAAUUGUAAGACUGAAGAAUUCCCAAAACUUGACAUGUCAUUAACACUAAGACAAUCUUAUUGUCAGGAUUAAUGAAGGCAAUUUUGGACGUGUUUCAGCUUCAGUAGGUAGCAUUAGCACAGCAGGUGCACUAGCUUGUAUCUCGCAAAACUGAGAUACUUAACCUUUUAGUAUUUAAACCGGCCAUAUCUGGCCAAAAUAGUUAAUCUGUUUUAUGUUCAAACUGACCAGAUCCAGGCUCUCACACCUACCCUACAAUGUUAUUCUACAUUAAGUAAU